AUGAGUUUUGGUGAACUCUUCCAGCUGAACCCUGAUGCUAGAACACUAGGAAGAGGGAUAGACGCCCUAAAUCAGAUGACUGUAAAUACAGAAUAUGCUGUCAUUUUCAAUGAGACAUGUUUAAUAGAAAACCUGCUGCCUGUAUACGCCAAUUUUUAUAUAAUUAUAUUCCCAAUGACAUCACAAUUAGGAGAUAUGUUUAUGAGAAAAUCUAAGGCGCAGGAUGAGGCUAGACCCGGCGUGGUGCGGGUCUCCCCAGGCGGGCGCCUUAACCCCCUGGACCACGACGUGCUAAAGCUUGGAGGCCGCAGUAAAUUAUCUUAUCACAAGGCUACGCUCAACAGCCCUACACGACAGCCCCCUUUGUCCACUUGUACAACAGUUACCCCCCUUGUAACACGAUACAAGGGGGGGGGAUAUCCAGAAGAGAAUACACUGUACAAGAGGGAAUAUCCAGAGGAGAAUACACUGUACAAGAGAGAAUAUUCAGAGGAGAAUACACUGUACAAGAGGGAAUAUCCAGAAGAGAAUACACUGUACAAGAGAGAAUAUUCAGAGGAGAAUACACUGUACACGGUGGAAUAUCCAGAGGAGAAUACACUGUACAAGAGGGAAUAUCCAGAGGAGAAUACACGGUACAAGAGAGAAUAUCCAGAGGAGAAUACACGGUACAAGAGGGAAUAUCCAGAGGAGAAUACACUGUACAAGAGAGAAUAUCCAGAGGAGAAUACACUGUACAAGAGGGAAUAUCCAGAGGAGAAUACACUGUACAAGAGAGAAUAUCCAGAGGAGAAUACACUGUACAAGAGGAAUUAUCCAGAGGAGAAUACACUGUACAAGAGAGAAUAUUCAGAGGAGAAUACACUGUACAAGAGGGAAUAUCCAGAAGAGAAUACACUGUACAAGAUGGAAUAUCCAGAGGAGAAUACACUGUACAAGGGGGAAUAUCCAGAGGAGAAUACACUGUACACGGUGGAAUAUCCAGAGGAGAAUACACUGUACAAGAGGGAAUAUCCAGAGGAGAAUACACUGUACAAGAGAGAAUAUCCAGAGGAGAAUACACUGUACAAGAGGAAUUAUCCAGAGGAGAAUACACUGUACAAGAGAGAAUAUUCAGAGGAGAAUACACUGUACAAGAGGGAAUAUCCAGAGGAGAAUACACUGUACAAGAUGGAAUAUCCAGAGGAGAAUACACUGUACACGGUGGAAUAUCCAGAGGAGAAUACACUGUACAAGAGAGAAUAUCCAGAGGAGAAUACACUGUACAAGAGGGAAUAUCCAGAGGAGAAUACACGGUACAAGAGAGAAUAUCCAGAGGAGAAUAAACUGUACAAGAGAGAAUAUCCAGAGGAGAAUACACGAUACAAGGGGGAGGGAUAUCCAGAGGAGAAUACACUGUACAAGAGAGAAUAUCCAGAGGAGAAUACACUGUACAAGAGGAAUUAUCAUGAGGAGAAUACACUGUACAAGAGGGAAUAUCCAGAGGAGAAUACACUGUACAAGAUGGAAUAUCCAGAGGAGAAUACACUGUACAAGAGGGAAUAUCCAGAGGAGAAUACACUGUACAAGAGAGAAUAUCCAGAGGAGAAUACACGAUACAAGGGGGAGGGAUAUCCAGAGGAGAAUACACUGUACAAGGGGGAAUAUCCAGAGGAGAAUACACUGUACAAGAGGGAAUAUCCAGAGGAGAAUACACUGUACAAGAGAGAAUAUCCAGAGGAGAAUACACGAUACAAGGGGGAGGGAUAUCCAGAGGAGAAUACACUGUACAAGGGGGAAUAUCCAGAGGAGAAUACACUGUACAAGAGAGAAUAUCCAGAGGAGAAUACACGAUACAAGGGGGAGGGAUAUCCAGAGGAGAAUACACUGUACAAGGGGGAAUAUCCAGAGGAGAAUACACUGUACAAGAGAGAAUAUCCAGAGGAGAAUACACGGUACAAGAGGGAAUAUCCAGAGGAGAAUACACUGUACAAGGGGGAAUAUCCAGAGGAGAAUACACUGUACAAGAGAGAAUAUCCAGAGGAGAAUACACGGUUCAAGAGGGAAUAUCCAGAGGAGAAUACACUGUACAAGGGGGAAUAUCCAGAGGAGAAUACACUGUACAAGAGGGAAUAUCCAGAGGAGAAUACACGGUACAAGAGAGAAUAUCCAGAGGAGAAUACACGGUACAAGAGGGAAUAUCCAGAGGAGAAUACACUGUACAAGGGGAAUAUCCAGAGGAGAAUACACUGUACAAGAGGGAAUAUCCAGAGGAGAAUACACGAGGAGAAUACACUGUACAAGAGUGAAUAUCCAGAGGAGAAUACACGGUACAAGAGAGAAUAUCCAGAGGAGAAUACACUGUACAAGAGGGAAUAUCCAGAGGAGAAUACACUGUACAAGAGGGAAUAUCCAGAGGAGAAUACACGGUACAAGAGGGAAUAUCCAGAGGAGAAUACACUGUACAAGAGGGAAUAUCCAGAGGAGAAUACACUGUACAAGAGGGAAUAUCCAGAGGAGAAUACACUGUACAAGAGGGAAUAUCCAGAGGAGAAUACACUGUACAAGAGGGAAUAUCCAGAGGAGAAUACACUGUACAAGGGGGAAUAUCCAGAAGAGAAUACACUGUACAAGGGGGAAUAUCCAGAGGAGAAUACACUGUACAAGAGAGAAUAUCCAGAGGAGAAUACACUGUACAAGAGAGAAUAUCCAGAGGAGAAUACACUGUACAAGAGAGAAUAUCCAGAGGAGAAUACACUGUACAAGAGAGAAUAUCCAGAGGAGAAUACACGGUACAAGAGAGAAUAUCCAGAGGAGAAUACACUGUACAAGGGGGAAUAUCCAGAGGAGAAUACACUGUACAAGAGGGAAUAUCCAGAGGAGAAUACACGGUACAAGGGGGAAUAUCCAGAGGAGAAUACACGGUACAAGGGGGGAGGGAUAUCCAGAGGAGAAUAUGCAAAGGAUAAUACACAAUUCGAGGGGCAAUAUUCCCUCUUUCUAUCCAGUUUCGAGGCUUUAUUUUCUUGA